AUGAGUGAUGGAGAGACUUUGGUGUCAAAUGGUGGAAGCUACGAACUUGGGUUCUUCAGCCCAGGUAAUUCUCAGAAACGUUACUUGGGAAUUUGGUACAAGAAUAUCCCAGUGAAGAAAGUCCUUUGGGUUGUUAAUAGGGUCAACCCCAUCAAUGAUUCCUCAGGUAUCUUAACACUUAACACCACUGGCAAUCUUCUUCUCACCCAAAAUGGGUCUCUUGUUUGGUACACUAACUCUCACAGAAAAGCGCAGAAUCCGGUGGCAGAAAUCUUGGAAAGCGGCAAUCUUGUGAUAAGAAAUGAGGGAGAAACUAACAAAGAAGAGUAUUUGUGGCAAAGCUUUGACGAUCCCUCUGAUACACUAUUGCCUGGGAUGAAGUAUGGAUGGGACCUCCGAACAGGUCUCGAAUGGAGAUAUACUUGUUGGAAGAGUCCAGACGACCCAUCCCCGGGAGACGUUUCUCGGGUUUUAAAACUCUAUAACUAUCCAGAGUUUUAUAUAAUGAAGGGAACACAAAAGUGGUUCAGGUUUGGACCUUGGAAUGGCCUAUAUUUUAGUGGAACACCAAGUGUAUAUAACAACACCAUUUUCUACUUCAAUAUGAUCAGCAAUAUGAAGGAGAUUUACUACACAUAUAGCCUUGCAAAUAGUGCAACCAUCACAUUUACUGUGACAAACGAAACGGGUAAAGUGUAUCGCUAUGUGUGGACUGAGGAUGAUCAAAAUUGGACGACGUUUGGAUACUACCCGAGUGAGUUUUGUGACACUUACGGCCUCUGUGGACCCAACGGGAACUGCGUAGAUACCCAAACACAAGUCUGUCAAUGUUUGAAAGGUUUCAAACCAAAGUCGCCGCAAAAAUGGAACUCGUCUAAUUGGCAUGGAGGAUGUGUCCGCAAUGAACCGUUGAUUUGCAAAGGUAAAGACAAAGAUGGAUUUAACAAAUUCGAAGGGCUGAAAGUUCCAGAUAGUACACAUACUUGGUUGGAUAUGAGUAUUGAUCUAGAGGAAUGCAAAGUGAAGUGUUUGAGUGAUUGUUCUUGCAUGGCCUACACUAAUUCAGACAUAAGAAAUGGAGGUAGUGGAUGUGUCAUGUGGUUCGGAGAUCUCAUUGAUAUAAGACAGUUUCAAAGUGGAGGACAAGAUCUAUAUAUCAGAAUGCCUGCUUCAGAGUUAGGUAAGCUCAAGAUCAACCUAACUUUGUUCUUUUCAUUUUGUUAG